AACCCUGACAGGUCACCGGACAAAGCACCUGUGGCGGCAUCAUCAAAUUUUUAAGCCUCUACAACAGCUCAGCAUGUCCAUGAAAACGACAAGCAACCUCAGAUAUAACUCCCAGUCGUACGCCAGCAAUGACGAGCUGCAGCGUGUCGUGAACCUCAAAGCCGUGGACUUAUUCAACAUGGCGUUUGCGCCUGCUAACAGCGGGAGCCAGCAAUUCUUGGACAUAGGCUGCGGUACCGGAGACUUUACCAGGGAUUGGCUACUGCCGAGAUGUCCACCCUGUCGAAGACUAGUCGCGGUAGACGCGUCCGAAGAGAUGCUCUCCUACGCUCGCGCAAACAGCGGGCACCCCAAGAUCCAGUACGAUUACCUCAACGUUGGCGACGACGUUGGCGACUUCAUCGAAAAGUAUGGAAGAUUCGACCGUGUGUACUCUUUCUUUUGCCUCAACUGGCUCAAGGACCAGGCGGAGGCCAUGAAGAGCGUGUCUCGACUGCUGAAGCCUUCCGGAGAGUGUCUACUGCUGUUCCCCGCCUGGUCACCCACGAGGCAGUUGUGGAGGAAGCUGGCACAGCUCGAUCAUUGGAAAAAGUUCUCGAACGUCUUCGAUGGAUUCAUGCCCAAGAGCCAAGACUUGGAAGACGACGAUGCCAGACUGUCCUACCUGCGUGACAUACUUGACUCUGCUGGCCUAAUGGCGCACACGUGUGACCUCCUUUACCUGCAGCUCAGUUACAGUAAUCCUCAGGCGCUCGUAGACAUCCAGCUCUCCGUGAAUCCUGUGGUGGCAACGAUGUCGCCGGAAGAAAAAGAACUCCUCCGCAAGGACGUGGCCAAUGAAGUUUUGAAGUGGACGAGUGACGACGCCUUCUCAGCACGGCCCUCUGUAUAUCUCGUGCACGCGAGAAAACGAAACCAUUAAAUGGUCUACGAUAAAAC